AUUCAACAUCAUCAAUUGCUGUUGGUAAAUUUCAGUCACAAUGGGUAAGCAGUUUCUCAGCGACAAUGUCGCAACCCAAUGCGUGUCCACCGAAGCGCCAUGAGAUUCUCCGACUUGUUCUGGAAGAAAGAGCUUGUAACGACUUACGGGCGAUGAUGUGUUCUUCUUGCUCAAUGCAAUAGCCCCAAAGAGUUGGUUUCGAGGGAUUAUGGCGCUUCAGUGGACAUACACAUUGGGUUAUCAAUUCUUCCAUAAGACAGCGCUGAUUCUGUUGUAAAACAGGUCGCCUGCAGGAAUACCAGGUCAUCGGCCGUCAUCUGCCGUCCGAUGCCAACCCGUCGCCAAAGCUCUACCGCAUGCGCAUCUUUGCUCCCAACGAUGUGAUCGCGAAGAGCCGUUUCUGGUACUUCCUUGCCAAGCUGCGAAAGAUCAAGAAGGCCAACGGUGAGAUCGUCAGCCUCAACAAGAUCAACGAGAAGCACCCCCUCAAGGUCAAGAACUUCGGUGUCUGGAUCCGAUACGACUCUCGCUCAGGCACCCACAACAUGUACAAGGAGUACCGCGAGAUGUCCCGAUGCGAUGCCGUCGUCGCCCUCUACCAGGACAUGGCUUCCCGCCACCGCGCUCGCUUUAGGUCGAUCCACAUCCUCAAGGUCGUCGAGGUUGAGAAGACCGAGGACAUCCGGAGACCUUACAUCAAGCAGCUCAUCACCAAGGAUCUCAAGUUCCCUCUGCCCCAUCGCCAGGCACCCAAGCGCAACAAGAACGUUUUCGCCGCCUCGCGCCCCAACACUUUCUACUAGAUGUGACGAUGUCAUUAGCUGGGCUAGGAUGGGCAUUUGCGGGUUUUGGGAGGGAACAUGGCGUUACAAUAGUGGCAUUAAGCAGCUCAUGAAUUGCACGCUCGUUGCUGUUUGCAACGCUUUCGAAUCCUG